AUGAACUUCACAGAGGAUGUCGAUGUUAUCUCUUAUCUGGAGGAGAAGUUCCCAGAUCUAGAUCCAGAAGAAGGCCUGAAAUAUCCAUGCCGAUAUUUAAUCGACUCUUCACAUAUUCCGGUAAGAUUUUCUUCCUUUAUUUAAAAUUUUAGGUAUUUACUGAGGCUCUUCACACAUUGAUGGAAUUCGGCUUGAGUUUGUUAUUUUUCCCAGAUAUCAAUGGGAUCACGAUCAAGAACUGCAACAUCUCAAGAACAGCAUCUGGACAUGUUUUCUUCAGUACCGAAUUUUUCGGAGCUGUAAGAACCUACGAAUGGCCGGCGACUGUGCCUUGCGCAUCAAUAUCUGUUCGGGACAUUGCUUUAAUGUUAAAGAAAAUGGACAAACACAGGAAUAUUGAGUAUUUUGUGCUUGAUCUGGAGCCUUUGGCUGACGGAUUGGUGGUACGAAUAACCUACAGAAAUGGGAUUGAUACUGAAUUAGUUUUGAAAACUCGGGAGAUCUAUGCGAAUAGCCUACCGAGAGACGAAAGACCGGAGUCCGUGACCAGUGUAAUGAACGUUCUUGGACGGGAAUUCAGAAAUGUACUGACUACGUUGGGCAAACUGAAAGAAGUAAGCUCUGCAUUACUAACUUCCUUAUUUUCAGGUUGGAAUUUAUGUUUCUCUAUUCGGGGUUGUUCUGCAUACGAUCUGUAGCCGAUCUUUGAGAUCUCGAUCCAAGAAAAGCGCUGUCCAAAUGAGAGAUUUGAUCAACGCGACUUUAAUGGUUGAAGAAUCAUUUAUCGAAGUAAGUUGUUUUUGGUUUCAUGGCAUACUUUAGGUAGAUGUGAAAGACUUGUUAAUGCUGUCAAAGUUCGCGGCCUCAAAUGAUGAGAUCAUGAAGUUCUACUUUACCCAGUCUGAAGCUCCAUUGUUUGUUGUUGUGGACAUGAGUGGACUUUGCAGCAUUUCUUUUGUCUUGUCAACAGGAAUGGUCGAUCCUGUGAUGACUCGCAAUGUAAUCCGUCAAAUGAUUCCUUCUUUGAGAGAGUAAGACUAUAUCGUAUUUAUGAACAACUUUUCAGGGAUGGACACGUUACAUCAAUAAGGCUAUUCAAUGUUUCCGAUGUCAAUAAUACGGGGAAUCGCACUGUUAUUGACUUCGACAAAGAUCAGAUGGAUGAAGAUGAAUAUAUGGAUAGGAUGGUGCUGGGAAUCUCCAGAUCAAAGGCUCUUCCGAGACAAGAUCGGGGUAACGUAGCGGAUGAACUUCACAACAUGAGUUUGAAUGCUUGGAAUAACGACCAAGCUCAAGCGCCAGUAACUCAAAGGCCGCCUGAAAAUCACCCCGCGAGGGAUGAAGUGCUUGGCGCUGAGGAAAAUAUGGAAGAGAAUGUUAUGGGUGUAAACGAUGUGAUAUAUGAAGAGCAAACCAGGAGUCAUCCAGCUACUAGAAAGAAAAGUCAAGGUGUUGUAAAAUCUGCUGAAAAAAGAAACGUGACCUUAACAGAGGAAGAGCCACCGAGGAUUAUAACAUCACCGAGAAUUGAGAACAUGGCGGAGAAUCAAUCUGACGUUAACGUUUGUGAUCAAAUAGAUGUGAAUGGGAAUAACCAGAGAUUGGAUACUUCAGCUAGACCUGUUUCAAGUCGUAAUCAAAAUUAUAAUGCAAAUCGCGAUGACCCUAAGAGUGUCGAAAUGAUAAAUGAAGAAGUGCUAGACGAGGUUACUGGACUUAUUGUAUGUUGGGGCUCUCAAAGAAGCAAAGAUAUUUUUUUUUUAGCCGUUUGAAAACUUUGGUAACGAAAAUAUUGCGCAGAAUGAAACUGAAUGUAUCGAUGGUCAAGCGCAUGGACAAGUGAAUGAUAUUGGUUUAGAAUUCAGAGACCCCUGUGACAUAGAGAUCUGCACUCAGCAGCCGAUGCGAGCCGAGCGUCAGUUCGAUAUGGGCGUAAUACUUGGUACAGCGCCUCCGUUCGUUUUUGAGGAAGAUGAACACUAUAACCAAAGUGGUGACUUUCGUCAACAGCCAACCAGCUCUAUGGAUUCUUCAGUUAACGAAAUUUCGCGAUCUCAAAGCGGAGAAUUCAACGAAAGGUAAAACGCCUCGGCAAGUUUAAUGUUUAUGAUGACUAUAGCCAUUAAACUUCGCAAUUUUAGAUCGAAUGUACAUACGAAACUCUAUCGAAACACAAUUUUUGAGACCGUUAAUCCCACAAAUCCAUCGGAAUGUACGAGGGAGGCUUUUCUUUAUCAGAAAUCUGCAAAUUACUGCAACCCAGGAAAGGAUCGAGUACCCACUCGAUUUGAUGGAGGUAAUCAUCACAUUUCCCUGCAUAAAAAUAUUAAUAUUGCCUUUCUUUAGGAGGACAUGUCAGCGGAGAUGAGCCUGAGAUUCUACAUUUUAUUAAUUUAAAGCCUGCAUCUUUCUGGACAUCUACAUUUUCGAUCAGACCUUUGGAGAAUGAUAUUAGCGAUUAA